UGUUAAAUGGGUUUGAUUAAUUAAGUUUUAUGGGUUUGAAGAUUUAGGGUUUGUUGUGGAUUUUUUUUCAUCAUCAUUCUCAUUUGUUCCUAUUAUAUAUAUAUGAUUUCCUGGGUCAAAAUUGUUGUUGAUUUCUUAGAUUUGUUGUUGAUUAAGUGGAAAGAAGAAUGGAAUCGUCCACUGCACACCCUUAAUGCCCAGCAGGACCACAAGCUCAUGUUCGGUCUACUUUUUUCCCUUAAAUCCUUGACUGCAAAAAUGGAUCCAACAAGUGCGGAGAAGGGAAAUCUUGGGGUGCCUCAGUUACCAGGACAAGGGUGUUCAUUUCACAGCUUUCGUACCAAUACGUACAAACUCAGUUUUAUGGAGAGUCCAUCUGGUAUAAAGAUCAUUCUCGUCACUCAUCCCAGGAUUGGUGAUCUAAGGGAUUCCCUGAAGUAUAUUUACAAUUUGUAAGUUGAAUAGGUUGUCAAGAAU